AUGAACAGCACAUCGCCCAGCCAAGAUCACAGUGGCGCCGAUACUAGCCAGCGGCCCAAGCGCCGCAAGAUCGCCGUCGCCUGCGAUGAGUGCCGCGUUCGGAAAGUCCGUUGCGACGGCGUCCAGCCUGCUUGUGGGCCGUGCUCGAAGAGGGUAGAUAAGGGUGCCCAGUGCAGGUAUACCGGCGAGCCGGAGAAGAAGAGGGCGGCGGAGAACUACAUCACGACCUUGGAAAAUCGGAUCAAAGCGCUUGAGGGGCCCGGGCCGGUUUAUGUCCCUGGUUUCUCGGAGGCGAAUGGGUUUCGCGGGUGGGGGCAUGACUCUAUUGGGACACCUACUCAGCAAUCAGGCCCGACGGAGACACCGCGUUCGCAGUCAUCCCUGGCUCAGGCCACACCAUUUCACAGGCCGAAUUCUUCUUUCGGGGCCCUUUCUGGCCGCUCUCCCUCAUCUGGCAAUUUAGUUGGUGAUUCUGUUCCUCUCAUGAAUGGAGCGACCCGUUCAGCUCGCAGGACGUCACAACCAACUGAAAGUGCGGACGGCAUAAAUGCGAUGAUGGGGGCUGUGGAAGAACGGCCCUCUCAAGAGUUUUUCGGCAGCUCAAGUGCUGCUAGCUUCAUGCGCCAGAUCAAGACGGCGGUGGACAAGAAGGUUUCCUCUCCGCAACAAGAUACCGCAGAUCCUGCCAACGAUUUUGGUCUUCGGGGAAGUUUUUUAUCUCCGCAGAGGCACCGGACAAGCGCCAUUCAUGACUACGUAUUGCCCUCUCGGAAGACGGCAGACAGCCUCAUGAAUGUUUACUGGCAUUACGUCUUUCCUCUCUAUCCGCUUGUUGACAGCAUUCAGCUCCGGGAGGAGUAUGCACGACUCUGGACGGGGGAAGGGCUACAGUCCGACGAAAAUAUGCUAAUGUGUAUAUUUAACGUUAUUUUUGCUCUGGCUUGUCAGCUCGCCGAUUUCAUCACCCCAGAAGAGCGGGAGACCUCAGCAGCUUCGUUCUUCUCCCGUGCUAAAGAUCUCUUACACUUUAGUCUUUGGGAUUCUGGUUCUGCUGGACUGAUACAGUGUUUAUUGCUAAUGGCGCAGUAUUUGCAAAGUACCAACUCCGCUCAUCAGUGCUGGAUCGUCACCGGCCUCGCCGUGCGGAACGCCCAAAGCAUGGGUUUGCAUCUUCCGCAGACAAUAUCCCGUCUUCAAAGCCCCCAGGAGCAGCAGCUCGCCAGAAAGAUCUGGCAUGGCUGUGUACUUAUGGACCGGGUAAUAUCAAUGACAUUUGGACGGCCUGCUAUGAUCUCAAAAGCAUCGGCAGGGUCCGUACCGUUACCCGUCACUAUUGACGAGGAGUAUUUUGCAUCUGCCUCUGGUGUUGAAGUAGCACAGCCUACUGAUCAGCCCUCAAUAAUGAGUUUCUAUGCCAAGUCGCUGGAGUUGUACGAGAUCCUGAACGACAUUUUGCUUAGUCUAUAUAAGCCUACUCCGGAGGAGCCAGAUGAUGUUUAUGGAUUCUCCUUCAACAAGGAUAGUAGCGAGCGCGAGCUGACUAUUUUUGAGCUUGACCGAGCUCUUACCAGCUGGACGCGAAGUCUCCCGCCUCAUCUCCGCGGCGAGCUUGCUUCGGGGUCCAACGCUAACAUCUUCUACCGACAAAGCGUCGUGUUGCGAGCGAGAUUCUUGCAUGUUCGGAUGCUCCUCUUCCGACCCAUUCUCUCCAAAUAUUGUACGUCUCGCGACGCAGCCACCGACCCGCUUAUAUCGCUCACGGAUUCCUUUCCUCAACGCGUUGCCCUGCAAUGCUCGAUCAUUUGCGUCAAUGUCGCGCGAGAUAUUAUUGACCUUAUAUACGGGAACAUUCCUUCCGAUGGAACCUCUGGCCCGCUUCCGGCCUGGUGGUAUAACAUACUCUACGUAUACACGGCAGCCACCGUCAUUAUAGCCAGCCGGUUGUGCCCACCGAUUCUAGAGGAGGUAACUGAAGCCGUGAUUACCCGUUCCUGGAACUACGCUCUGGAAAUCCUACGCAAGUACCAGAGUUACAGCACCUCUGCACGACGAUGUGUGGCCGCACUGGAGAUACUAUAUGAGCGUGCUGUCACCGAUGCUCCGAUUGGGGAUAACCAGCCUCAGUCGCAACCCGGUCCACUCAUGGCUAAUUCGAUUGAGGACAUGUCUUUAGGUGAAGGCAUGAAUCCUGGCCUGUUGGACAGCUUUGAUUUACCAGACUUUGGGGAUAUGUCUUGGCUGCAUAGUGUACCGAGUCACUUAUAUUGA